UCCUUGUGGCUGUUGAAGUCUUUUUACAGUAGAGAAACAGGAAUCCCUAAAGUUGCUGCAGGUGAGGAAUGCGGCAUGCGAGGGAGGGGCAACUGUUCCUGCACCUGAACUAGACAGACUGGAACAACCUCUGGGAUUUACAAGAAAUCACCUGACUGUCUAGAAAGGGGAAACCUUCAAGCUAAGGGUGACCUAUCACUUCAUGAAGUACAACUACAUCGCUAUUAAACGUCAGCUGUAUCUCCACUUGCAGACAUACAACUCUAGAUACCCAACUCAACAGGCAGGGCACCCCUCAAGAGAGUAACAUCUGGCAUCUCAUGGGAAGUCGAUGUUGCAGAGAUGAUGUACGCCUUGGCAAGAAAGCCCCAGCAGAGGAAGUAUUAGGUGAAAACAUUGACAAGGAGAAGGAGGCAGAGAUGAACUUUGAAGAGGAAAAGCGACUGAAACAAGUCAGAGAUGAGUCGAAACCAGAGGAGGGAUUCUCAGGAAGAAACACGGAAACAUCACAAGUACUUCCUGCUCCAGACCAGCUGACUGUUGACUCAGUGGACACCACAUCAGCUGCGGUUAGCUGGAACCAGCCACCAGGAUUGGACCAAACCAAGCAUCAUUACCAGAUCUCCUACCGCUGUUCAGGGACAGAACCACACAUCACUACCACAUCUUCACACAGCAUCACUCUCUGUGGCCUGAAACCUGGCACUGAAUACUCUGUCACUGUCUGCACUGUGCUGGAAAAUGAAAAGCAAAGUAAACUGGUGUUAACAACCCUCACAACAAGUAAGUACCCUACUUAAGUAUUAUUUCUGGUGUGAAUGUUUAUCAGAAUGACUAAUGUAAAUGAACUAAUCCUAAUGGAUGUGUGUCAGCAUGGGAUAUAAAGGUACAAAACCUAUAUG